AUGGAUAUUAAUGCAAAAGGUGAAAGUAGAGAACUCUUGAAAAAAUUAGCUGAUUUAAUAACCAUUAGUGAAUUACUUAAUGAAGGUAAACAUCUUUUUAUAUUCGAUAAGACAUUACGUAUUAUAAAGACACUAUUUCUAAUUAAGAUUAAAGAAUUUUAUAGUUGGAGGCUUAAUUAUUAUCUGAAAGAUAACUCAUUUAAUAGCUUCAAUAACAAAAUAAAGAAAUCUAUGAUAAAACUAAAUAAGAAGCUUUAAAUGAAAGAAAACAAUUAGAAUUAGCUCUAACUAUUUCCAAAACAUAACUUUCAAAACUUGAAGAUCAAUAUUUCUAAGAGGUUUUUAAUAUGGAAAAUACAAUUAAACAAUUAAAUAAUAAAGUUGUUGAUUUAGAAACAGGCAGAACAACUUUAAUCAAAACUAUUCAUUAAAAAGAAGAAUUAAUUAAAAAAUAAUCAAAUCAUUAUGAUACUAAGUUAACAGAUCAAAAAUUAUAUUGGUAAAAUAAAUUAAUUGAAAAAACUAAUGAAUUAGAAUAAACUAUUAAGGAGAACAUUUAAUAAUGGGAAAUUAAAUGCAAAUGUAUAUCAAAUGAUUUCGAAGUUUAUAAAAAAAAUACUUAAGAGUAAAUUGAAAAUUUAGCUUAAUUAUCAAAUUUGAAAGACAAAGAUUAUGAUAAAUUGAAAGAAAAUUUUGAUAAAUUAUAAGAAGAUUAUAAUUUAAAGCAAUCUUACAUUUAGACACAUAAAGAUGAAAGUGAUAAAGAGAUUGACAAUUUAAAAAAUCAAUUACAAUUGCUUAAAGAAUAAUUAUUAAAUUAAGAAUAGAAAAUUAAUAAUCAGUAUUAUGAAUAUAAUAAACUUUUACAGUAAACAAAAGAUGGAGAAUCUAAAUUCAAAAAAGAUUAAGAGAAAUAAAAUGAAUUACUCUAAGUAAUAAAACAAUUAGAAACUUAAAAUCAAGAGAAUUAAACUACUUUGCAAAAUUAUAAUAAAAUAAUUCAAGAAAUAUAUACAAAUGCGUCAUCAUUUUUAGGAUUAGAAAUAAAGACUAAGUAGAGUUAAUAAAUGCUCUAGUUUUCUUUAGAAUAUCUAUUAGUGCUCAUAAAAUCUAAUUAAGAAUAAAAAUUAGAAUUUAAUGAAGUUUAAAAUAUGUAUGAGAUUUAAAGUUUAGAUUUGAAAAAUAAACUUAAUAAACAAUGUCAAAUAAAUUCUUCUUAAGAAAAGAUUAUAGCAACAUUAGAAAAGAAAAUUUCAGAAUUAUAGUUAAAUUUCUUAAAAAAUAGUAUAUAAGUAUCACAUGAUUCUUAAAAAAAAUCUUAUCAUAAACAAGUUUCUUAUUCAAUUCAUAAAUUAGAAGAAAUUUAGUUAUUUCCAAGUAUAAUGGAAAGAUCAGAUUUAAUACAAUAAUUUAGUGUUGGUUAAAGAACAGAUACUUAACAAAAUGAUAAGUUAGAAAAUUCUAAAAUUUUAUCAUCAGAUCAAAUAAAUAAAGAAGAUAAAUACACAUAAACAAAUGAUAUAAUUUUGAUUAAUAAUACAAUAGAUGAUCAAUAAGAUACCAUUUAAUCUCAAAACUAAGAAAAUCAAUUUAAUAAUGAAAUAAUUAAUUAAAUUAAUUAAGAGAUCUAAGAUCUAGUGCCAGAAAAAAUAAUUGAAUAAAAAGAAGUGAUUCAACCAUAAUAAUAAAGAAGAAAAACAUAUAAUUACUUAGCUCCAGAAGCUGUUCCAUUAUUAAUGGGUAUAAAAGAAGAAAAUUAUGAAUAAAUUCAAAGUAAAGAUUAAAUAGAAGUAUAAUCAUAAAAUUUAGGAUCUAUAAAUGAGUUUUAAUCUAAUGAAAAUGUAAUUUAAAGUUUGAGGGUGAUAGAAGAAGAGAAUAAUUAAUAAAAAAUUGAAUUAUAAAAUUCUAUUCAACAAAUAAUCGAAAUAAAUGAAACUAAUAAAGAAAUUAUUGAAAAUAAAGGCGAAGUAUCUAAUGAAAAUAAUUAGGAUGAUUCUGCCUUUAUAUUUCCAUAAAUAGAUUAGAAUGGAAUAACACUAAAAGAAUAUAUUGAUUAAUAAGCAAUAUAAGAUUUAUAAAUUUCAACUAAAAAAGAUAUAUUUAAUGAAGAUUUAGUUUUAUAAUAAUAAUAGAAUGAUUAUUAAUAUUAGAAAGCUCGAAAAUUAAAAUUAAAUUAUUUAUUAUAAGCUAAGAGAAGUUAGUAAAAGAAACAAAAUUCAAAAAAAAUUAAAUUGAAAUUAGAAACAGAAUUGUCAGAGAAUAAUCAUUUUAAUCAAACACCUGAAACAAUAACUACUUAUACAAAAGCUAGUCGAAGCACUCAAAUUUAAACUGAAUAGUCUCUUUAAGUUAUCCCUUAUACAAAUUAACAUUAAUAAUUAGAAAAUGAAUUAAUUGAAGAUAAAAUAAAAGAAAAUUAAGAAUAUAAAAAAUUAUAAAAUGAUUAUGCCAAAUUAUAAAAUAUUUUGAUUGAAUUAGAGUAAGAAAGUUUAAGAUUGAAUUUAAUAAUAGAAUAUUUUCAGAAAAAUUAACCUAUAUAAAAAAUCACUUAAGAUGCAAGUUGUUUUGGAAAUUUAGAUGAUGAGAUCUAUGAGAAAUACGAAUAAAUAUAAAAUAAAUAUAAUUAUUUGGAAAAAGAGAUUUAAGAGAUAAAUGAGACAAAAAAUGAGCUUAUAUAAAAACUUGAAUAAAAAACAAAUGAAGUUGAGACUUUAUAAGAUUUGAUUGCAAAUUUAAGUGAUUAAGUAAUGUAAUAAAAAUAUGAAAAUUUUUAAUAAAAAGAUUAGCUUUUGGAAUUACAAUAAUAAUUGAAUUCUUAAUCAAAAUAAAAUGAAGUAAUGAAUUAAAUACUUUAAGCUCCAAAAGAGAAGGAAGAAAAGACUAAAAUAAAGCUUUAAUCAAAUUCAAUAGUAGUAAGGAGAGAAGUGAAAGAGAAAUAAAGGCCUUCAACCCCAAUUAAAUCUGAUUAAAUGGAUGAGUUAAAAUAAAAGAUAUUUUAAUAAGAAAAAAUGAUAAGAAAUUUAAAUUAACAGAUAGCAAAGAAAGAUGAGUAAUUAAAUUCAAAAUAACAUUAUUAAGAGAAUAUAGCUUAACUUUCAUAAUUAUAAAAUGUAAAUAUCGAAGUUUAAGAGUUAAGAAAAUAAUUGGAAUAAAAAAGAGAAUAAUUAUCAAAAUGCUAUACAUUAAUAUAAUAUUUAGAAAUUGAAUUAGAGAAUUAUAAAUCAACAUGUAAUUUGUUUACAAAACCAAAAUAAUAAAAUACUGAGAGAAUAAUAAGAAGUGUUUAAGCAACUAUCCCUUAAAUUUCCUUGAGUGUUCAAAAAAAGCUACCAAACUUAUUAUAGGAUGAAUAAAAUUCAACAAUAAGUAGAAAUUCACAUAAAAAAAGGUAUAUAAAUAUAUUUAAAUAUAAUAAGAAACCAUUCUCUGUAUACGAAUCCCUUCGAUAAUUACGAUGUACUUAGAAACGCAGCGAAAUUUGUAAAAUAGUUAAAUAAUAAUUCUAUAUAAUAUGAUUGAUAAAUUUCUUGAAUAAGCAUAUUAAGGAGAACUUCUAAAUGAAAAUGCGAUAAAAUUCAUAUGUUUGACAUUAAAAGAGAUAUUUUCAAAAGAACCAAAUGUAAAAAAGAUUCCAACUCCUGUUACAAUAGUUGGAGAUGUUCAUGGGUAUUAAUUUUGAUAAAUCUAUUUAAGUCAAUUAUAUGAUGUUUAAGAGUUAUUUAAAGUGGGAGGAAAGCCUCCAUUUACAAAUUAUUUAUUUUUAGGUGAUUAUGUAGAUAGAGGUGCUCAUAGUGUGGAAGUAAUAACAUUACUUUCCCUCCUUAAAGUCAAAUUUCCAAAUCGAGUUACAUUAAUAAGAGGAAAUCAUGAAACAAGAGGCAUAACAUAAAAUUAUGGGUUUUACAUGGAAUGUUAAUAGAAAUAUGGUAAUACUUAGGCUUGGGAAUAUUUUACAGAUAUGUUUGAUUAUAUACCAAUAGCAUGUAUAGUUGGUACAAAUCUAUUAUGUGUGCAUGGAGGAUUGUCUCCGUGUAUAGAGAGUGUUGAUGAAAUCGAACAUUUAAAUAGAUUUUAAGAAAUUCCACAUGAGGGAGCAUUUACAGAUAUAAUGUGGUCAGAUCCUGAUGAUGAAGAUACUCCAGGUUUUAAGAUUUCUCCAAGAGGAGCAGGAUUUGUAUUUGGAGGAUAAGUUCUUAAAGAAUUUCUACAUUUCAAUAAUAUGACACAUUUAAUAAGAGCUCAUUAAUUAUGCAAUGAAGGAUUUAAUUUAAAAUUUGAAGAUAGAUGUAUUACUGUUUGGAGUGCUCCUAAUUAUUUAUAUAGGAAUGGUAAUCUUGCUUCAAUUCUUGAAAUUGAUGAAUUAGACAAUCGUUAUUUCAAUAUUUUUAGUGAAAGUCCAGAAAAUAUGAAAAAAGAUUUGGGAACC